UCGGAGCCCCCGCGGCGGCUGCUGGGAGAUGAGGGGCCGGGGGGGGGGUUUGCGGGCCCAGCCCCGGCUGCUCCGCAGGCCGCGCGUCCCCCGCGCUGUCCCCGCAGCCGGAGGGGAGCGCUGAGGGGACCACCGGGGUGAAGUGGGAUGAGGUGGAAUUAGCGGGAUUAGGUGGGAAUAAAGCCGGGAUGAGGUGGGUUUCCUACCCCUGGGGCUUUGGGGAGGGGGGGGCCUGCGUGUCCGAGGUAGGCCCGAGGCCUUUCCUUAGGGCUCGUCCCCCGCUCCAAAUUCGCGAUCCCAGCGCAGGUGCUUUAUAAAUCUCCUCAUUUUCGGGUAAAACCUCCUUUCUUCCUGUUGUAGCAACGCGUCUAAGGGGUUAUUUCUAAUGUAGUCGCCUAAUUACUCCUCACUCCCUAAAGGAACUUCAGGAGCUGAGUAACUGGAUGCAGCCGGGCUGAAUUCCUCCCGUAGGUUGUUAAAACAACGCGAUUCGGUGAAUUUUUGGGGGGUUUUCAUGUUUUUUAAAGGUUGGAGCUGAGAGGUUUCUGCUUUCUGCCGUCGAUUUUUGUUGUGGAAACGCCAAAAGGAGUUUUUUGUUGUUGCUGCAGGAUCAGAGCCUCUAGGUUAUUCCCAGAAAUGGACUCAGGGUCAGACUUCCUGAAUAAAGCCCGGCUUUAUUUGGCUGUAAAAAAGAGAAUAAAAGGGGAUUUCCCGGGGAAUAAAGGAUUUUGGGGUUGAGUCUGGGCACACCUGAAGCAGAACAGGAGGGCUGGAGGGGUUGCUGGAUAUGUCCAGGAGUUUUCCAGGGAAAACUUCCUGGUGCUGGCACUUCCCAGCUCCAGUGACGCUUUUCCAAGGUGAAAUCCAGGGGACAUCGAGUCUUUUUUGGGAUUUAAUAAAACAUUCCCGUGACAGGGGAGGAAUUGUCACAGGAAAUCGCUGCCAGGCCCUGGGGUUGAGCUCAGAAAUAUGGGGGAAGAAAAAAAAAAAGAAAAAUGCUUAUUUUCUAUAGUUAUUUUAGUCAAGAGUGGAUGUAGCAGCUUCCCUUGCUUUGGGGUUGAUUCCUGAAGAGGAAAAGCCGGAGGACAGUGGGAAAAAAAACGCCUAAAAAGGGGGUUAAAAUGUGGAAUUCAUGGUGUUUUUCCUUCUUUGUCACCUGAUAGACAGGAGGUGAAUCAUCAAAUGCCUUUGUCAGGAAUUCAAGGCACAAAUGAAGCAGCAGGAGAGGCUUUCCCAGGGGAAUUCUGGGGCAUGAAAUCCAAGAAUUCCUCACAGGGAGGUGCAGGAAAACUUCUCUUGGGUGUUUUUAUUUCUUUUCCCUUUAAAAUAAAAAGUGUGUGUUGGGGUUUUUUUGACCUGGUUCUUGCUGACCCUCAGCUGCUGCAUUUUUGAUUUGAUUUUUUUUACAAAUAAUUGGUUUAAAAACGUUUUACUACAAAAAUUUUAAUGGAAUUCUGGACAAAAAGGUGUUUCAAUUGCACAUUAACUUUAGUUAAUUCCAGACCUGCUGAGUGCACCAGAGUUGCUAAUUUUUAUUCAUAUUUUCCUUUUUUUUUUUUUUUUUUUUUGAUUGCCACCUUGAAACCGAUUUAAUAUGAGAGGAAAUAAAGGUUUUUUAUGAACCUUUUUAAUAAUUAAAUUACCUUGAUGGAAUUUAGAACCUUGAGGUUUUUUUGGGAGGGGUUGGUUGAUUUUUUUUCUGUUGCUGUCGUUUAUUUACAAGGUUUUAUUCCCACUCUUUAUACAAGAUUCAGACUCUGCACUGGAAUAUGGAAGGAUGUGGAAGGGAAAAUGCUGAUUCAGUUUGUAAAGGAAUUAAAUCUGAAGGGGUUUUCUUUCCCCCCAGGGUGGUGGAUGUAGGAAUGUUGCAUUUUUAGGUGUCUGAUUGCCUGAGGAAAGGAAAUUCCGCCUUCCAGCCUGGGAAUUCCUCCUGAUCUGGGUUGGAAGAGGAAUUCCUGCUUCCAGCCGGGAAUGACCCGAAUCCCUGCGGAUUUCAGUGUUGGCUUGAGCAAACCGAAGAGUUUGGGCUUGAAAUUUGAUUUGAAUUCCCAGGAGCACUGGGGAAAACACCUGGAAAAAUGUUGAACUUCCACAAGAAAAGGAGCUGCAGGAAUUUUUAGGAGUAGAUUCCCAGGAAUCUCCACGACCCCGAAUCUGAUUUUGAAGGUCCAAAAGUGAAUUUAACCCUACGGAGAUGGAAGAAGGGGAGGGAACCCUGUGCUUAAUUCCUGUUUUAUCCCCUGUGUCAAGCAGUAAAAAAACCCCAACCAAUCACUAAUCUGAGAACACAACUUUUCCUCUCUUUAUUUUAGACUUGGGAAAAUUCCCCGGCCAAAAAAAAAAAAAAAAAAGUCCUGGGAAAAUUCACUAGUGUCUGUGUGAGUAAAAGGUCCCAAGCAUUUCUUCUUAACCUGUAAAGAAAAAUUUCAUUCAGUUUUGUGCUCCCCAGAGAGUCAGAAAUCCUUUACACAGAUGUCAGAGGGGUAAAAUUGACACGUAUUUGGAUUUUAGCUGGUUUGGUUGCAGGUUGUGUGCAAAAGAGCCCUAAAAAUCUGAUUUUUAUAAGACUGUCCAAAAGAAAAGUGUGAUUCCCAUGAAAAAAAAGCUGAAUAAAAUCAAUUUUUGAUGGCACCAAAAACCCCAGCCAGCUGCUGAACUGGAUCCAAGGCAGGAUAAUGAUGGAUAAAUGGAUCAGGGAACAGCGCAAAUAGCAAAAUUGUGGUAUUUGAUGGAAACCCCAACUAAUUCCUGUCCCAAAUUCCCAAUCCGUGCAGCCACGCCGCUCCCAAUGCGAUCCCUGCUUCCCAAAGCUCGCUGCUGCUGCUUUUCCUUGGGUGGGGAUAAAGGGAUAAAGCCCUUCUGGAUGUGUCCCCUGCGCUGUCCCCGUGUCCCCAAACCCCCUCUGACCCCGUCACCUCAUCCCAAAGCACAGAAAUAAUCGCAUUUUCCCCCGGAUUUGCUUUUGAGGUGGGAAAUGGGCUGAAAUUCCUGCUCCUUGUUGUGCUGUCCCUCCCUCUUUGGGGUGUGUAUAAACACGUGUGUGGGUUUAUACACACAGAAUUGGGGGGGGUUUGUUGUACAGGUCACAAAGACGGGGGAAGGUUUUUGUGUUUUCUUAAUAGGUGAAGAAAUCUCGGAAGACCCGAAAUUGCAACUUACUGAAUUAAAUCAUUAAAAAAAAAAAAAAUUAAAAAAAAAAAAAAAAAAAAAAGAAAAAAAAAAAUUAGAAAUUUCCCCAGCUGUGGAAGAUGGAGCCUCAUUUUUGCAGCCACUUUGAAUCCUGAGUUCAUCUUUUAAAAAAAAAAAAAAAAAAGGCGCUGGGGCUUUUUAUUUUUUAAUUUUUUUUUUUGUUGGUUAUUUUUUUUUUUUUAUUGGAAGAAUUAAAAUAUCCCUGGCUGUCUCCAGUGUGCCAGUUUUCCAAUGGACUCAAUUCCUUCAUUAGUUGUCAGAUUGUUCUGAGAGCACCUCAGAGUUUGGAAUUGUUGGCUGAGAGGUUCCCUUGGAAUUGUCAGGAGGAAAAAAAGGAAAAAAUUCUUUCUGCCCCUUUGUUAUUCAUUCACGGACUCCUUCGGCCUACAGGAGAGGGGAACUGCAUGGCUGGGAAGAUCAAAGCCUGUGCUCAACGUGGCCAGGGUUUCUGUUAAAAAGAAGCUGUCACUGCUAAGCCAGGAGAAGCCUUUGAAGCGAAGCCAAUUCUUGCCCAGGCUGGAGGAGAGCCCUGAGAGGGAGCAGACCCUGAGCUUUUCCAAGGAUUUCUGCAGCAUGUCCAACCAGGGAGACGACUGCUACUUCUACUUCUACUCCACCUGCAACAAGGGAGAUUCCUGUUCCUUCCGGCACUGCGAGGCCGCCCUGGGCAGCGAGACCGUCUGCACGCUGUGGCAGGAGGGGCGGUGCUUUAGGAAUGUCUGCAGGUUCAGGCACAUGGAAAUCGAUAAAAAGCGGAGUGAGAUCGCCUGCUACUGGGAGAACCAACCUGGAGGCUGCCAGAAGCACAACUGUGCUUUCCACCACACCAAGGGACGCUACGUGGACGGGCUCUUCCUUCCCCCCAGCAAAACCACUCUGCCGAGCCCCGCCGAGGCCGCCGAGGACGAGGUGAAGAUGGUGCAGCUGCAGCAGAGCAAGCUCUCCGUUCAGUCCAACCCGUCCCCGCAGCUGCGGGGCGUGAUGAAAGUGGAGAACUCGGAGAAUGUCCCCAGCCCCACGCACCCCCCCGUGGUCAUCAACGCCGCAGAUGACGAUGAGGAUGAUGACGACCAGCUUUCUGAAGAAGGAGAAGAAACCAAAGCCCCGGUCCAGCCACCACCCACAGAAGCCCACAACGGACUGAGGGUGAUUUCCACCAGGAAAUCCAAUCCCAGUGCAAAGCAAGAUGACAACUUAAAUUUUGGGAUAAAAACCUUGGAAGAGAUCAAAUUGAAGAAACUCAAGGAAAAAGCCAAAAAACAAGAAGGUCCCUCAGGAGUGGCUGUGGAGCCCCUCCAGGCCCGGAGCAUUCCCGUGCCAGAGAAGGAGAACGUCCGGACCGUGCUGAGAACUGUGACCCUCUCCUCCAAGGAAGGGGAGGACCCCGUGAUCCAGCUGAAUCUUCCUGACAGACUGGGAAGAAGGAAGACCGUCAUAGGUGGGAAAACUUUCCUUCCCCUGAGGAGGAACGUUGCUGACAGGCUGGGGAGGAAGGCAGAGCUGCAGGAGAACGCUGACAAAGCCCCGAGGAGAGGCACAGUGCAAGUCCUGAAGUCCCUGAAGGAGAGGCUGGGGCUGCCCUCUGAGCAGAGCAGCACCGAGACAGACAAAGCCACCAAGCCCAUCGAGGAGAUCCGGGUGAAAACCCUGGAGGAGAUCCGGCUGGAAAAAGCCAACCAGAGGCGAGGGGAGCCGCCAGCCAAAAUCCCGGGGGAAGGCAGGAGAGGCGAGGAUCCCGGCGCGGGAGCCAGACCCUCCCCAGCCGCCCGCACCAAAUCCCUGGCGGGAGCGCUGGCCGAGAAGAACCACAAACGGUCGGGAGAGGAGAAGGAGAAGGCCGAGGAGUUCCCCAGCAGGGCCCGGGCGGAGGCCGAGCCCCGCAGGCAGAGCGUGGCCGUGCCGGGCAGGGCGGAGCCGGCCAGGCCCAAGGGCGCCGGGGAGCUGCGCAUCAAAACCCUGGAGGAGAUCAAGCGGGAGAAGGCGCUGAGGAUGCAGCAGAGCGGGGAGAACGUUCCCGCUGCUCCCGCCCCGCCCGAGGCCGCCCUCAGGGGACGGAAGCUGCUCCGCGUCACCAAGCUCCUAGCGCCUGGAAGAGAGGAGAAGAUGAUCGUGGAGCUGAACAAACCUUCCCUCAAGGAGGGCUGUGCAUCUGCUGAGAAUUCAGGGAAUUCUGGCAUUCAGGUGAAGAGCCUGGAGGAAAUCAUGUGGGAGAAGCGUCAGCUGAAACAGCGCCAGGAGGAGAAACUGCAGAAAGGAUCCGGGGCAAUUCCAGCUGAAAAACAGGAGAAAAACAAGGAUAAAAGCCCCGAGUCUGCUGUGGGAUCAGCGCAGCAGCUGGGCAGGAGGAGGCUGGGAAAACUCCAGGAGGAUGGAGUGGGAAGCCCGGAGAAGGAUCCAGGGAAAAAGGGAGCUCAGCUGCCCGAGAGGAAAACCAGAGCCAAAUCCAGGGUGUGCCUGAAGCCCCUGGAUGCCAAGGCCACGCCCAAGCAGCCGCUGAAGAGGAAGGGUCCCGAGGGGCCCCCCCCCGCCGUGGUGGCCGUGAAGCCGCUGGGGGCCACCAGCGGGGACAUCCCGGAGCCCUCGGCCAAGGUUGUUGUUCCCACUUCUCCAGAGGACAGCCCGGGCUCCAACCCUCGGGGAGAGAAUUCCCAGAGCAGCCCCAAGCUGCAGGCUGGGAGCCGGGGGGAUUCCCCGGCGCAGUCGGAGGGGUCGGGAUCGGGAUCGGGAUCCUCCUCCCUGGAGGCUCCGGUGAAGCUGCGGCGCCUCAGCUCGGCCGGCGCCGCCAAACCCGCGCUGUCGGUGGAGGACGACUUCGAGAAGCUCAUCUGGGAGAUCUCCGGGGGAAAACUGGAAGCAGAAAUCGACCUGGAUCCCGGGAAGGACGAGGAUGAUCUCCUGCUGGAACUCUCGGAGAUGAUUGACAGCUGAGAGAGGCAGGUCUUAAAAAACCACCAAAAAAUAAACCAAACCGCCCCUAAAAAAACUCCCAUCCCCACACAAAUCCUGUAAAUGUUGUUGGAUCCGUGGAGGGGAUCCUUUUCCAGCUGGAAGCGCAGUUGGAUUGCUAGGAAUAGGCAGAGUCUGCACUCAGUUAUCCCGAAAUUCCGGCGGCUCCUCCCGCUUGGGACAGGACAAAGCACUUGGAGUUCCCUCGGGGGACACAGAUCCCAUCUCCAGAGCCAUCCCAGCUCCCUCCUGUGCUGGACAGCGCAUCCCAAAAACCCCAGAGUUACUGUGUCAACUCUGGAAUUGACGGAUGGACGCCGCCUCCGCGCUCGGAGCCGGGGGAAUUCGGGAAAAGCGGGCUGGGAGAGGGAGCAGCGAGUCAGAGUUCGGACCAAACACUGCCGGCGUGAGCCUGGCUCCGGAUGAUCCAGGGCGGCUUUCCCUGAGGGCACCGGGGUCCUGGGCAGCCAGAAUUCCUGCUGGCUGCCUGCAGGGAUUCGGGAAAAGGAGGAUUGCCUCAAGUGCCUCUCGGUUCUGAGGAUCGCUCCCUGCCGAAGGACUGGAACCGGCCGGGAUCCUUGUGGGAGGGAGGAAAAGCACCUGGAGUGUUCCCCCCGGCUGCUUCCCUCUUCCAGCCCGUCAGGAGAUGGGAUUGGGUGGAAUCCCUGUGGAUUUUAUUUGAUUGUUUUGUUUUUUUUUUUUCUGUAAAUAUUUUAUUCUUCCAUUUUAUAUUUGUAUGAUUCUAUUUAAGGGAUUAAAAGUAGGCUGUUCA